AUGAAAACUAAAAUUCUAAUUGCACUGUGUUUCGCUUUGACGUUAUGUGUAGAAGUAAAUGCGGAAGGUGAACAGGAAGUUCGACGAGGGCUAUUUCCUUACAUGGCAUUCCUAUACUAUCCCGAUGAGUCGGUAGUAGAUGGCACUGGCGCAAGGUUCCUCCGAGGAGCAGUCCUGAUCCGACCUGACUGGCUCGUCACCUCCGCAGUAGGGCCCAGCAUCCUCACAGACGGACCCAACGGCUUUCCACGUAAAACACUUCUAGCCAGACUCGGUGCAGUUACAAUUGAUGCCAAUUUCACACUUAAUGAAGACGAGGAUGAACAAGAGCGAGAGGUUAUACAAGUCGUUCGUCCAUACAACCACAGCGCGACGCAAUGGUGGCGCACAGACAUUUCCCUGAUGAAGGUCUUAUUAGCGUUCAACAUGACAUCAGCAGUGGGCAUCUCAAACCUCAGCCCCAAACGAGAGUACCAGGAGAAAACUUGCAUCGUACUCGUAUAUGCAAAGAGUUCCGGCAAUCGGACCGAUGAAAGGAAUUUGAUGCAACUGACUGUGGAGCUGCUACCACCAUCAAUUCAAAACUGCGGUUCCCAUUUCAUUGGCACCACCAUGACAUGCGCCGCCGACAGCGAUGAAAAUAAGAACGCGAAUUAUGACGAGAACUUCUGUCAAGGCAACAGCGGUGGACCACUUAUUUGUGAAAAUGAUGUAGCGGGCAUUCAAACUUACAUUGACAACGACUGCAAGCAACCACAUCUGUACCAAUUAUUAUCAGCUUGGGACAACUUCAUAACUUGCGGCAUAGAGGACAAAUGUCAUGAGGAACAAUGCUCCCAUAUUUGUGUCGUAGCCAAUAAGGACCCGCCCGAAACUACUUCUGAGACAUCAUCUACUGUGACGGAAGACACACGUCUGAUAGAAACCACCACAGCUGCUGUACCCAUUGUGACUUCUGCCGUACCAACAAAAGAGGAAACCAAACCAGUCACGCUGCCGCCACCAACGACCACUGUAACGCCAGAAGAUACAACCACGGAUGCACCACCAACUCCUACGUAUUACGUUUCUGAAACGGAAGUAACAGAAACCAAGUCCUGGCCAAACGAAAAAUAUUCUAAUGAGCGUAAGAAGCUGGAACAAGGAGAUUUAGACAAUACUGAUAGGAAACCUAGCGUGGAAGCACAACACCAUGACGUAAAAGUUAAGGUACGCAGUGCCGGACGAAGCAAUGUAUCAAAUACACUUACUCUUUUCUUUGGAUUCUUCAUUUUGGCGUGUUUGAUUUAA